UCCCAAGGGGAAAGGGUGUGUGACGAGAGGCGGGGCCGUGAGGUUGCGGCGUGGAGCGGCCCCCGUGACCCUGGCAGACCCGCGUCCACCUCGGCGCGCGCACCCCACAGUCCCUGGGGCCGGUGCCAGGCGGGCCCGGAGGACGGCCCCGCGGCGCGUGCGGUUCCUGUCCAGCCCCGCUCUCAGGAACAAGAUGACCGAGGCAAGAUAAGGAAGCAGAGGCCAGGUACAGCCCUGGAUAGAGGCCUUUGUCAGUGCGUCAGGACACAGAAGGCCGAGAACGGCAGAAAAUGACCAUGUCACAGAUAUCUUUUGAGGAUGUGGCUGUGGAUUUCACGUUGGAGGAGUGGCGGCUACUAACUCCUACCCAAAAGAACUUGUACAGAGACGUGAUGUUGGAGAACUGCAGCAAUCUAGUGUUCCUGGGUUAUCAAACUAUCAAACCUGAUGCUGUUUUCAAAGUGGAGCAGGAGCCCUGGAUAGUAAGCGAAGAAAUCUUGGGUCACCACUUCUCAGAACUCUGGCUAGAUAAUAAUCUCAAAAUGUGGCACCAAGAUAAUCAACACAAGCUUAAAAGCAUGGAGAGAGGCCAUGAAUAUGAUGUUUUGGGUAAAAUAUUUCAUUCAAGCAUUAACUUUGUUCAUUUAGGAAUGAGACUCUGUAAAAGUGGCACUGGUGAAAAAAGUCUGAAUCAUCCUUUUGAUUUUCUUCUUCAAAAAAACAACUGUGGAAGAAAGAAACUUGAGCUCAAUAAAAAAUUGUUAUUCUUUAUCGAAACUGACAGAACCAAUGGUGGAAUAAAGUUCUGUGAUUGCAGUAAAUGUAGAAAGAGCAGCAGUAAAGAGUCAUGGCUCAUUGCAAACCACAUAACACACAGAGGAGUCUAUUUGUGUGUGGAAUGUGGCCGAGUUUUUAACAAGAAGUCACAGCUCAUCAUACAUCAGAGAGCUCACACAGGGGAGAAGCCCUACGGCUGCGGCGAGUGCGGGAAGGCCUUCUCCCAGAAGUCACUGCUCACUCUCCAUCAAAGGACUCACUCAGGAGAAAAACCGUACGGGUGUGGUGAAUGUUCCAAAGCUUUCAGUAGGAAGUCACUGCUCAUUUUACACCAGAGGACGCACACAGGGGAGAGGCCCUACGGCUGCAGCGAGUGUGGGAAGGCCUUCAGCAGGAAGUCGCAGCUGAAAAGACACCAGAGAACCCAUACAGUGGAGAAGCCCUAUGGCUGCACUGACUGCGGGAAAUCUUUCUCCCAGAACUUAAAGCUCAUUACACACCAGAGAACACACACCGGGGAGAAGCCCUAUACAUGCAGUGACUGCGGAAAAGCCUUCUUCUGGAAAUCCCAGCUCAUUACUCAUCAGAGGACUCACACAGGGAAGAAACCAUAUGUGUGUGGUGAGUGUAAAAAAGCCUUCAGCAGGAACUCGCUCCUCAUUAGACAUCAGAGGAUUCACACAGGGGAGAGACCCUAUGAAUGCAGUGAAUGUGGGGAAGCCUUCAUCAGAAAACCACAGCUUGUCAGACAUCAGAUAACUCACACAGGAGAGAGGAACUACCAGUGCAGUGACUGUGAAGAAGCCUUCUUUAAGAAGUCAGAGCUCGUUAGGCAUCAGAAACUUCAUUUAGGUGAGAAGCCCUAUGGAUGUAUAGAAUGUGGGAAGACCUUCUUUGGGAAGUCACAGCUCCUCACACAUCAGAGAACUCACACUGGAGAGAAACCUUUUGAAUGCAGUGAAUGUGGGAAAGCCUUCACCCAGAAGUCCAGCCUGAUAUCCCAUCAGAGAACUCACACAGGUGAGAAACCCUAUGAAUGCAGUGAAUGUGGGAAAACGUUCAGUGAGAAAUCAAGUCUCAUUCACCAUCAGAGAACCCAUACUGGAGAAAAGCCCUUUGAAUGUAGUGAAUGUAGGAAAGCUUUUGCCUGGAAGCCACAGCUUCUUAGGCACCAGAGAAUUCAUACAGGGGAGAAACCCUAUGCAUGCAGUGAAUGCGGGAAAGCCUUUGUUCAGAAAGUGCAGCUCAUUAAACAUCAGAGAAAUCACACAGGAGAAAAGGCCUAUGGAUGCAGUGAUUGUGCGAAAGCUUUCUUCGAGAAGGCACAACUGAUCAUACAUCAGAGAAUUCAUACAGGAGAGAGACCCUAUAAAUGUGGUGAAUGUGGGAAGUCUUUCACCAGAAAGUCGCACCUUAUGAGACAUCAGAGACUUCAUACAGGAGAUAAAUGCUAUGGGUGCAAUGAGUGUGGGACUACCUUCAACAAGAAGUCACAGCUUGUGAUCCAUCAGAGAAAUCAUGUAAGAUAGAAACCACAUGAGUGCAGUCAGUAUGGAAAGCCUGCUAGCAGAUGUCUUGCCUCCUGAUACUUCUGAGGACACAGAGGAGAGAAACUAUCAAUGCAGUGACUGUUGGAAAAAAUUUUUAUUAGACAAGUGUCACUAAACAGAAUUCAGAAAGAGAUUUGUUUUUUUAGUAGACAAUACAAAAGCCUUCUCUCAGAAGACAAACUUAUUAUACAUUGAUAAGUUAUGUGUCAAUAUUGUAACAGUACAGAACCUUUUGGUUAAAAGUGAAAGCUCACUGAACAUUUAGAAGACCUAAACAGGAGAAAAACUGUAUUGUCAUAGCGAGUGAGAGAAAGAUUUCAUUAAGUAAGGAUAACUCACAGUAUACUAGAGAAUAUACAUAGGGGAAAUAUUGAGUAUGUCCAUAGAGGUUUCAGAUGGAGGAAUAGUUGUAAUAAUUCAAGGUAAGCAUGAUCCUAUUGAAAUAAUUCUAUAAAGCAACUGUUUAUUGUAUAUAAAUUAUAUAAAAGAUGGUCAUUUUUAAAUGGUAGAUGUGUUUUAAGUGAAGCUUUCUUUCUGCCAUGGUGGCAGAACAAAUAGAUUAACUCUCUUGCCUUAAACAGCUAAAAGCUGUACAAUAUAUAUGAAAUAAUGGUUUUUAGACAUACAAGCCCGGGUUUGUGAUGCAUGGCAGAAGGCAGACAAAGUGGUGGCAGUUUCUAGGCUGCAGUUCAGGGAAGGUAACAGACGUGGUAUGGCUGAACUGAGUAGAAUUGUUGAAUAGGCGUUUUGGGAGGCCGCCACAGCUAGAACGUGCAAGGGAAAGUACUGGGAAACAAGCAGCUUCUUAGGGAGAGGACUGCAGAAGUCUACGAGGCAUCCCCUGGAGUCUUUAAACUUAGUGCCAAUUUGCAUAUUGGUGAAAAGAAAAUUCCUGAGAUCAGAUAAAGUAGGACAGAAAGCAGGAGGCUAAACAGUUCCUAGAACUCAGUGCAGCGCUGAGAACAGUUCCUACCAGCCAGAGGGAAGCAGCUUUUAUCACAGGGGACAUCAUGUAGAAUUCGCAGACAGCUGCUGCCUUGGCGGUGAUGGUAAGUCACAUCAGAUUAAAAAAUGCUCUGGACCCACAGUGUCUGGCAUCUAAAAACUCACUGGCAUGCAAAAUAGCAGGAAAAUGUGGCUUAUAACAAGUAGAAAAUUGGUAGACAGAGACCUAGAAAAGACUGAAGUGGUUGGAAUUAGUAGACAAGGAUGUUCAUAUAACUAUUAUAUAGAAGAAAGCAUGAAUUUGAUGGAAGCCGAAGUGGAAGAUAUAUUUUUUAAAGCCCAAAUGGUACUUCUCAGGAUGAGAACAUCUUAAAAUUUAAAAAUAAAUGGUGCAAUUAACAACAGAUUAGAUGUAGAAGAACAAAAAAUAACGAGCUUGAAGAGUGAAAAAAAAAAAACUAUCCAAAUGAUGUACCCGGAGAAAAAAGACAGACGGCAGAGAAUGGUUACAGUGUGUAAUAUACAUGUGAUUGGAGUCCCAGGAGAGAAGGGAGAAGCAGCAAAAGAAAGUAUGUGACUAAGUAAUGGCUGAAAAAAUUCCACAUAUGUAAAAAGUAUAUCUCCACAUAUUCAAGCAGCUCAAAAAACAAAGAAAAUCAUGCCAAUGGACAUCACGUCAAUUUGAUGAAAACCUGUAUGAAUAAUAAAGAACCCAAAGAGGGGGAAAAAGGACAGAAAGGAUGUCAGCUCACUCCCAGCCAGACACUGUGCGAGCCAGAGGGCAAUGGAGUAACAUCUGCGAAUUACUGGAAAGGGGUGCAAAACCUUCACCCUAGAGUUCCAUUACCCAUUAAAGAUGAAAGCAAAACAAGAAUAAAAAAAGAGAGAGAGAAUUUAUAUCCUGUAGCCCUGCCUUCAGGAAACAUUAAAAGAAGGUUGUGGUGAGCAGAAAAAUAACACGAGGUGACAAUCCGGGUCUGCAGGAGGAAGGGGAGCGUUCCAGAGAUGGCGGUUAUAUGGGUAAAUAUGAAAUACAUUUUUCUCA